AUGCUUCCUAUGAUUUCCAAAUCACUCUCAUCCAUGCACAUUGAGAUGGAGGAUCCUAUCUCUGCUAAAUACUUUCCAACUGAUCUCACGCCAGCUGUCAGCCUACGUGUUCUGUCGCUCACCGUCGGGUUUGCAACCUUGGUAGAAGCAACAAAGAUAUUGUCUCGCACGUCUCUCCUGGAGCUCAUCGAGGUCAGGAUCACGUUAGCGCUUUCACCAACCGAGGAUGAGCUUGAUCGCAUGGACAAGGACUGCUAUCCACCGAUUGACCAGGCUCUGUCCAGUCGUCAAUAUCCCGCCCUACAAAAGAUUGCUUUUGAUCUCAUCUAUUACGUUCGGCGCAGCGAAGUAAUGGAUGUCAUAUCCGAGGGCUCCUGGAGGAGUCAACUUUCUUCAAGGUUUCCCGCAUUGCAUGCUAGAGAGCAGCUUGUGUCAUCUGUCUCUGUAAACGUGGUUGAUGAGUGGGAAUAA